AUGAAGGAUCGGUUUGCUGAUCCAGAUGAUAUUGAUGGUGAUGAUAAUAUUGAUGUAGCUUCAUUGGCGACAUUUAAAAAUGAUGAAUCAGACAAAUACUUGAGAAUGAAUAUCGAAGACAUUUAUAAACAAUCGCAUCCACUUUUAUUCUGGAAACACAAUCAAAACAAGUUUCCAUGUUUAUCAUUACUUGCUCGCCGUCUUUUUUCAAUUCCAGUUACAUCAGCUGCAGUCGAACAUUCUUUUUCUGCUGCUGAUCUAGCAGUUACUGAACGUCGUUCUUCUCUUGAUCCUAGUACUGUCAAUGAUAUUCUCCUAGUCGAAUCCAUUCAAAAUGUUCUUUCAAAAAAGCCAGAUUUUUUUUCAUAA